AUGGCGGAGCCCGAGCGGAUCCGCCUUCCCGCGCGGUCUACCCGCGGAAAACGCGUGUCGGAGGUGGUGGGGGAGGAUUUAGACGCGGAUGAGGAGUUUUGGAAUCAGAAGGCCUUUCAGGAGGAGGCAGAGGAUGUGGAGUAUGCGAUGGAGGGCGAGAUGGAGGACGUUUUCGACAGCGACUUUGAUGAUGAUGAGCCGCCAGACAACGAAGAGGAGGAGGCUGGUGCAACUGAGGUGAAAGAAAGACCCACCAAGCGCCGUCUCCUUCCGCCAGGCACCAAAAAAAAGCCAAAGAAACCCGCCAAGGCAGCAAAGAAGGGUGCGGGGGGAAAGAAACCUCCAACAGAGAAGGGGAAAGCGAGUGAGAGGGUUGGCGAGGAGACGACGGGUGAUGGGGCGGAGGGGGAGACGGGAAAGAGUAAAGAUGGGAAGAAGAGUGGUGUGGGAAAGAGUAGGCAGAGACGUGAGUUGGCUUUGCUGGGAGUGGGGCGAGGGAAACGGGAAGGAGGAGAGGGAGGUGGGGGAGAGGAUAGAGAGGAGGGAGAGGAGGUAGAAGAGCUUAUUGGCGGUGAGGAAGAGGAAGGAGGGCGAGAGACGGUGGACACAGGAGGAGAUGCUUCUAGAAGCCGCACAGACAGGUUGUUUGCGGUUCAGAGCUUUUUCCAUGGGUGUGGGGCGGCUGAGUGCUGCAAGGUGGUGAGGAAGAGGAAGGAGGGCGAGCGACGGUGGACUCAAGAGGAGAUGCUUCUGGAAGCCGCACAGACAGAGAUUCUGAACCGGGAGGCCCUUGCAGUGAUGCUGGCGAGGGAGGAGGAGGUGAAGAGGAAGGCCGUUGUGGAGAAGGCAAUCUUUGGUGGGCCGCAGAUCCGAUUCCACUCCAAGGACGGGAAGAACAUUCUCGAGUUCACCAAGGUUGCAGCUGUGCCUCCAGGGAUAGACGCAAAGGCGCCUUCCUACCCUGCCAAGCCCACUUGUGUUAUCACAGGUUUACCAGCAAAGUACCGAGACCCACUCACAGGGCAGCCGUACGCCACUAUCGAGGCCUUCAAAGUCAUCCGGCAAAUGUGGCAGGAGGAGCAGGCCACAAAGAAGAGGCUGCGAAAGGCAGCAAAGGUGGAGGCAAGGAAGAGGGCAGAGGCAGGCAUGGAAGGGAAGGCAGCAGUUGCAGAACUACAUCAGUCACAGCACGGUUCACAACAUGGGUCACGGCAUGGGACACAGGAUGGAUAUGGCAGAGAAUUGGGGAGCCAGCAGUUGACCACUGCUGUUCAUGCUCCUGCUCGGAUCCCAGUAAAUAGUCAUACUAGAACAAGCUUGUAA